AUCAGGGGAUAAUAUAAUUUGACUUCUGUCAGUUUUUGUGAAGGAAUAAAAAUCAACAAAUUUCCUGAAAGUUAUGUCAAAAUUGCUUAUUUCUCUCGGUUAUUAUUUUCCUACCAGUGCAAUACCAAUACAUCAUAUUUUAUUUAACAAAUGGUGAAAAUGUUACGCAAAAGUAUCCACCUCAGCUCGAGUACCUUGUAUUUUCUGAUAAGAAGUCUUAUCAAGUGUUAGUGACAGCUGAGCUCUAACAAUAUGUUAAUAAAUAUAAGGCGAUUUUAUUUACGAAUUUUUCGUUAAAAUUAAAAUGCUUUCCUUUGAUAGUUUUUUGUCCAAUUUUAUAAUUAGUAUAGUGCUCCUGACUACAACAUGUUUAUCCAAAGAAAUAAAAUAUAUGAGUUCCAAAGAAAAAAUCCAACUAAGGGAGGAAGCAAGAGAUAUGUUUUACCAUGCAUAUAAUGCUUAUAUGUAUAAUGCUUACCCUGCUGAUGAGUUAAUGCCAUUGAGCUGUGCUGGUAGGUACAGAGGAGUUUCUCCAAAUAGAGGAGAUAUAGAUGAUUCUUUAGGAAAUUUUUCGUUAACAUUAAUUGAUACUCUCGAUACUCUGGUGAUACUUGGAGAUCUUGAAGAAUUUGAACAUGCAGUCAAAUUGGUUAUUAAAGAUGUUGCAUUCGACAAUGAUGUUGUCGUAUCUGUGUUUGAAACAAAUAUUCGAGUUAUUGGUGGAUUAUUAUCAGCACAUAUCAUGUCCGAAUAUUUACAACAAAGGGAUGGGAUAAUGUCAUGGUACAAAGGAGAACUUUUGGAUAUGGCUAAAGAUGUUGGUUAUAGGCUCUUGCCAGCAUUUAACACAACUACUGGAAUACCUCAUUCUAGGGUAAAUAUGAAAUAUGGUUUAAAGAGUGAUAGACUUGAAUCCGCACGGGAAACUUGUACAGCUUGUGCGGGAUCUAUGAUUCUAGAAAUGGCCGCACUUUCGCGUAUAACAGGCGAACCAGUUUUUGAAUUGAAGGCCCAAAAGGCGAUGGAUGAAUUAUGGAAGAUGCGGCAUCGCAGCUCUGAUCUCAUGGGCACAGUUUUAAACGUUCAUUCUGGUGAUUGGGUAAGAAGGGAUUCUGGAGUUGGAGCAGGAAUAGAUUCCUACUACGAAUAUUGCUUAAAAGCGUACAUACUUUUGGGUGAUAAUAAAUACUUGAGUAGAUUCAAUAGGCAUUACAAUGCCGUUAUGAAGUAUAUUUCACAAGGACCUAUGUUGUUAGAUGUACAUAUGCACAGACCACACACAAACUCUAGAAAUUAUAUGGACGCCCUUUUGGCUUUUUGGCCGGGCUUGCAGGUAUUAAAGGGCGACAUCAAACCGGCAGUUGAAACACACGAAAUGCUCUAUCAAGUAAUGCAACGGCAUAAAUUUAUUCCCGAAGCUUUCACUACCGAUUUCCAAGUCCAUUGGGGCAAUCACCCGCUGCGUCCCGAAUUUCUAGAAUCUACUUAUUUUCUGUAUACAGCUACCAGUGAUCCAUACUAUUUAGAAGUAGGUAAACACGUUCUGAAGAGUCUACAGAAAUACGCCAGAGUGCCUUGCGGCUAUGCCGCCGUCAAUGAUGUCAGAACUGGUAAAAAAGAAGAUCGUAUGGAUUCUUUCGUAUUAGCGGAAACUUUUAAGUAUCUCUAUUUGCUGUUUGCCGAUAAGGAUGAUCUCAUUUUAAAUUUGGACGAGUUUCUGUUUACCACUGAGGGCCAUCUGUUGCCGCUGAGUCUUUCAGGACGUUCAAGUAAUGGAAGCAAAAAUUUGGACGUUGAAGCGGACGAUUUUGAAUUUGAUCGAACUUGUCCAAACACGUUACGCUUGUUUCCCGAAUCAUUUAGAAAACCGUUACAAAAUAUGGUAGAUGGAAUGUGCCCGAAACGGUCUCAAAAACGAAGACUGACAGCCCUGGAAUUUUCGCCCGGCAAUUUAAAUCACUUAAAGAUCAUCAAAGAUAUGGGAAUAAAUAUCGUUGCAUUGAAUGAUGGAAGAGUACAAUUGCUUCAUACUUUUUCAGCGGCCCGUUCUGCCGCCGAUGCCGAAGAAGGUGCGCUCUUCAUGCAGGAAAUGAUCGAUUUCUCCAAACUCGAUUUCCAACAGUCCGAACCGGCCGCUCAAGCGGUUACAGUUCACAUGAAAGACGACAAAGGCGAUGACCAGGUGAUAAUCAUGAAUGCGGGUCCCAGCCAAUUCGGUAGACAUUUGAAAGGUGAUCAGCAAGUGAAAGCGCCGGCUGUGUUAAUCAAACCGUCACGCGGUUGUGAUGAUGUGUUGAUGGAGCCCACGGCUAUUUCUGGAAAGAUAGCAAUAAUGGAGAGAGGAGAAUGUAUGUUUGUUAAUAAGGUUAGGAGAAUCCAAAAGUAUGGUGCAGUGGCAGCCAUCAUUCUAGACAACGUUCCCGGCAGUAGCGCCGCCAACUCUCCCAUGUUUUCAAUGUCAGGCGACGGUACUGAUGAUGUCAAAAUACCAGCUGUGUUCCUAUUUACUCAUGAGGCUUCCAAACUUCUUCUAACUUUAAACAAGGAUCCCGCAGCCGAAUUAACCAUUCGGGAACUGAAGGAAUCCGAUAAUUUUUCUCAAAACGAAGAAGAAAGCAUGUUUCAAAAGCUGAAAAUAUCCGUCCAAGAAUUCAUCAACAAGCACACAGGCUUGGGGUUUACUAAAAUAGUGGAACUAGGAGGAUUCAAAGCGAUUGUAGGAAAUAAUAAAGUAAGAAUUACGUAUGAAGGUUCCCAAAACGAAUAUUCGGCUAGCAAAGAAAGCAAUACCAAUGAUCAGUGGGUUAAAAUCAGAAAAGGACUUCUGAAAUCCUUGCUUACGUCGGAAAACAAAGAACUUCUAGUACCUCUGAACAUUCUUAGGAUAUACCAUCAGACGUUAAGCGAAGCUACCACCUCUAAGGAAUCCUCGAAAAGCGACAUCGUCAAACAAACCGAAUGGCUUCUGGAAGAACUCGUCCGCGAGCACCAAAAGAAAGACGACGAUUUGGUUCAAGUCGAAGUCGAUCCAGGGAUCAGCAUCAUCACUGACAUGUCGGAAACUGACAAGGACGCAUUGGUGAGCAACAAUCAGAAGCGGAUCAAAUUGAAGGAGUUGAAUUCGUUUUUGGAGGAAGUCAAUCUGGAUAAUAUCCACGACACUAAAGAUUUUUUGGAUAAAAUUUUUAACAAACUAAAAUUAGAAGUGUCUGAUGAAAUUAUAGUGGGUGAAAUAAAAAGCGAAAAAACUGAAACAGUGGGCGCGAUUAAGGAAGGGAAAGUGAAUAGUAAUAAAAAAGUGAAGAAAUCCCAUGAUGAAUUAUGAUAAAAGUAAAAUGAUUUUGUUUUGUUUUUAUUUUAUUUUUGUUUCUAUUUGUAAAGUGAGGCAAUUUAUUAUUUUUUUUUUUCAAAAUGUGUGAUUUUUUAUAAAAAAAAAAUUAAAUUUAGAGUAUUUAAUGUA